UAUCAAAGGCACUAACAAACAACCGGUAAUGUGGCAGCGAGGCAUAUGUUACAACAAUGGCAUGUAAGCAUUGCGUUGUUACAAUGCAAUGCUUAUGCAUGCACAGUGAAAUAAAUGUUUUGACUUCACAGUCCGAAAGAUGUGACUAUGCCCCUGGGCUAACUGUUGACAACGUUUCUGUGCAGGCGCGCGGUACUCGCUGAUGACCCAAUACCAUUCAAAAACUGUUCAUUCUGCGUCCUAUUAUUGGGUGCGAUAUCAUUUAUGUCGAUCAUGGAUGCAUAGGCCUACUCAUCAUCAGACCACAUAGGGUUUGAUACCGAGGUGGACGAUUAACCGAUGGACGACGUAGUUCAGUGCCUCAACAUGCCAACGACUCCCGAUGUAGGCCUACUUAUACAUAAAUUUAUAUUACCAAGGAGAUUAUAUCUCUACAGCAAAUUCCAGACCAUUGUUGUCAGUGACCUGUAUACGCGGCACCGCACAAUACGCCACGGAUAAGCAAUUAAAUCUCACGGCCUGCAAACAUUUUUGUCAAGGAUGACAGCUUGCCGCACGUUUGUCUAUUUGGCGACACUCACAUGCCUCCCUUCAUGAUAAACGAUGACAUCGUCACCAUCCUACCACAGAGAUCCGCCGAUGUCGUCAUCAACGAGGCACUCGCCAUCGCUACGACAACGGGUGAGGCGGCGAUGGGGACUGGUGGUGGUCGUAGCGACGUUCGCCCUCUAUUUCAUGCUGUAUGGGAUCCUGUUCAGCUACAAUGUUCUCUUCGUCGCCUUUCAACAGGAAUUCAAUAGCAGUGCAACCAUGACAGGUUGGGUUGGAAGUAUUCCUCUGAGUAUCUCGCUCAUGUUUGCCCCUCUCAUCAAGAUGGCUUCGGAAAGAUUCGGCUAUCGCUCGGUAUCUGUCUUCGGCAUCUUGAUGGUUUCGGCUGGGAUCUUCGUGACAUCAUUCCUACCGAGUCUCCUUCCCAUGUUCGGUACAUACGGCUUGAUGUCUGGAAUAGGUGCUGGUGUUGUAACCGUCUGUGCUUUUGACCUGAUCGUGCUAUACUUUCCAGAAAAGAAUACGAUGCGAGCAGUGGCCAUCGCUGUUACAGGGUCAACAGCAGGUAUGUUGUCACUAACACAAGUCAUGGAUCUUACUAUAAGAGAAUUCGGCUGGAGGAUCACGCUAAGAAUUAUGGGAGCCUUCCUCUUUGCUGUUGGCCUUCCAUGCGUCCUAACCUACACACUUCCCGUAGAUCAACAAGAAAACAAUAGGAAAAAUAAAUACUGCAAAGUAAUAUUUAAACCUGACGAUACUACAUUAUCCGAAGCGGUAGCUGAUCUGGAAAAGUGCCCAUUGAAUUUUCCAUAUCAUUCUAAGAUGGAAGUAGAAUCAAACAAAAUAUUUAUAUCUGGUAGUCCGCCAGCUUACAGAGUUGUUGACGGAUUGGGUGAAGAUACCCCGAGUUGGCCCCUUGGAGAGCAACAUGUAGACGCCAUUACUGAAGGGUCGGUUUCCGAUCGUAGUGUGAACGUUUGUUCUGAUAGUGAACCGGAAGUCGAAGAGUCAGAGAGCCCGGAGAAUCGCUAUCAUCAAUUGACUACGAACUGUAACGUGUCAUCUCAAACACCUUGGAGUGGAAACGAGAGCGGUGAUGGUGAGAACGAUACGGUCGACGCGAUCAGGGUAAUCAACACGUCGAACGGCAUCUGGCAAAGCGAUGACGACUCCCCAGCGACCAUCGCAAGACGUUAUCCGAUCAGUAACCAUCAAAGACCAACCCUUUCGGUUGUUGUCCAUGAUGGAAGUGCCUUCCAUCCAGAAAAGCCUCUUGAGAAUUUGCCAAGGCGUGGGAUGCUUCGGAAGAUCUGUACAACACUAACCUUCCCUGAGAUCUGGAUGAUUUCUGUUGCUACGAUACUCAAUGGAAUCGGUGACUGUUUCUAUUAUGUAAACGCGAUAAGCUAUCUUGUAUCCAUUGGCUUUGAGGAGCAGAUUGGUGUCCAAUUUGUGUCUUUCACUGCGGUGUCAAAUUUCGUUUUUAAAGUGGCCUUAGUUUUUAUUGGAGAGUAUCUUCCAUUUCCGAGAAUCUUCAUUCAAGUGAUAUCCAACGUUAUCAGUAUCAUUGUGUGGAUCUUGCUAAUGGUUCUUAGAAGCGUUAUACCCAUCUACUGCACGGCUGUUGUUGCUGGUAUUACAUUGGCCAUAACCAAUGUCGUCACGUUUAGUCUUGCUCCUGAUUUCUUUGGCCAAGAGAGGGCGAUGGAGACAUCAUCCGUCAUCUUCUUCUCCUAUGGAACUGGGUAUCUUCUUGGCUCUCUCGUGGGUCAGAGUAUUGACAACACAGGUUCUUACAAGGGCGCCAUUUGGGCUUUCAUCGGUAUGUACGUCACAUCCGGGAUCUUACUGCUCUUGGCGCCUCUGUACCAACGCAUCUUUGCACCCGAACGGUUCGUGACCUUUGACCUACACCGGAAAAAACGGGAUGAGAGGAGGGAGAGGAACCGCCUGAGAAAGAGGGACAGACAUCGCUGUAAGGUUUCAAAUGGAGAUAUCAUCGUGUGUGAACAAGUGUCAACUGUUUAACAAUUCUUCUCAUUCACCAUCUGACCAUUGAGGUGAUGAACGCCCGGGGGGGGGGGCACUUACAUUGACGAGUGGAUACCAUGCGCGACCCCCCCCC